GCCAGAUUUUUUUUUCUUUUCAAUUUUUUUUUUUGGCUUCUCCAUGUUUUCUUUUCGUUUGGGAAUCAGACUUUUGGUGUCUGUCUACCACUAGCAUUCAUGAGCGUCACUAAUGGGUCCAAGAAGAAAGGCUGGUUGGUGGCAUAGUUGUAUAAUCUAAGAAAACCUCAUAACUUCACUUCACUUUCCCAGGAAAAUAGGCGAUAAAAUUUAGGGAAAAUAACAGAAAACAGAAAGAAAGAAAGAAAAAAAAAAAACAAACAAGCAAACAAACACAGACAAAGAAAGAAUCUUUUUUUUUUUUUGAAAGUUUCCAUCAAUGGAGAUUCUGAGCAACAAAUGGGUUGCUAUGGUGGCGAGUAUAUGGAUCCAGUGCAUCGGUGGUUCAUCAUACACCUUCAGCAUCUACUCCUCGGCGCUCAAAUCCAGCCAAGGCUACGACCAAUCAACGCUCGAUACCGUUUCCGUCUUCAAAGAUAUCGGCGCGAACGUCGGCGUUCUCUCCGGCCUCCUCUACACCGCCGUCACGCAUAGAGGCGGUCGUUUUUGGGGGACCCAGUUGGCCGGACCUUGGGUGGUCCACUUGGCCGGAGCUGUUCAGUGCUUUGUGGGUUACUUCUUCAUGUGGGCCGCCGUCACCGGAUUGAUUCAUCGGCCGCCGGUGCCGUUGAUGUGCUUCUUCAUGUUGUUUGCGGCUCACGCCCAGACGUUCUUCAACACCGCCAAUAUUGUCACCGGAGUGCAUAAUUUUUCCUAUUACAGUGGCACCAUUGUUGGUAUCUUGAAGGGCUUUCUUGGUCUUAGUGGUGCAAUAUUGGUUGAAGUCUAUGACGUAGUAUGUGAAGGCCAGCCCAGUGCUUUCCUUCUUGUGCUUGCCCUGUUGCCGACAAUUGUCUCCCUUGCAAUCAUGGGUUUGGUGAGAAUCUAUGAAACAAACAGUAUGGGCGAUGACAAGAAACACUUGAAUGCAGUCUCUGCAAUUGCUCUAAUCAUUGUUGGUUAUCAAAUGGUAAUAAUAAUCUUGAACAACAUCUUUACUUUUCCUUCAUGGGCUAGUAUAUCCACAUUCAUACCUCUUCUGCUUCUACUGGCCUCUCCACUUGGAAUUGCAAUCAAAGCCGAAAUUGAGGAAUCAAAAAGAGUACCAGAGACAAUUGCGGCUGAGAGUAAUUCUUUGCUGGAGGAUACAUCCGACAAGAUUUCUGCCGCAGAGUAUCCUUCAGAAUAUGAAGAACUACCUAGCGGUGAUCAUGAGAUUCAAGUGAAGGUCAGUUCAGAUGACGAGAUGCUGGCAAAAGAAGAAGAUUUGACUGUCUUACAAGCCAUGAGCACUCUUAACUUCUGGUUGUUGUUUAUUGCCAUGGUUUGUGGAAUGGGUUCUGGAUUAGCCACCAUAAACAACAUGAGCCAAUUGGGGCAAUCUCUUGGUUACAAAACUGUAGAGAUAAGUUCAUUUGUUUCUUUAUGGAGUAUAUGGAACUUUCUGGGCCGUUUCGGAGCUGGGUAUUUAUCAGAUGUCUUGUUGCAUGCUAGAGGAUGGCCAAGGCCAUUGUUGAUGGCAAUUACUCUAGCAACCAUGUCAGCUGGUCACAUAAUUAUUGGCUCCGGUUUCUCUGGGAAUUUGUAUAUCGGUUCAUUCUUGGUUGGCAUAUGUUACGGUUCACAAUGGUCUCUAAUGCCCACAAUCACUUCAGAGAUUUUUGGUUUAGGGGAUAUGGCUACCAUUUUCAACACCAUAGCCAUAGCCAGUCCAGUUGGAUCGUAUAUUUUCUCUGUAAGAGUAAUUGGGUGUAUAUAUGACAAGGAAGCAGCGAAGGAAGGAGGCAAUUCAUGCUUGGGUACUCACUGCUUCAUGUUAUCUUUUAUGAUAAUGGCAUUUGUUGCUUUUUUUGGGUUUCUUGUUGCUAUGACAUUGUUGUUUAGGACCAGGAGGUUCUAUCAAUUGGUAGUUAUUAGAAGAUUAGAGCGUCCUCUGCGACAAUGAGGAUUGUGGAUUGGCGAAGCUUUUUGUGUGCAAGAGAAAAGUAGUAAUUAUUUUUGUUUAUUUAGUUUUAUGUGUAAAUAUAUAUAUAUAAAUAUACAUAUAUAUUAUUAUUCUUGAUUGUAAUCUAUGUGUAAAUUUUUUUGUUAUUUCAAUAUGGACUCGAUAAUAAAAAAUGUAAGCUGUAUUUUUUUUUUUUUUUUUUAA